UUUAUCAUUUAAAACAAAAACAAAAAACAUGUUAUCAUUAAUUAAAUCAAUUGUUUUAACAAUUUAUUGUCUAAAUAUAUUGAAUGAACUAAUUGGACAUAAAAAUCAAGUUUCGGCCGCGGGAUGUGGUGAACGACCGGCCGAACUGUUGCGGUCAAGUCGUAUAGUCGGCGGCAACGAUGCCUACUAUGGCGAAGCUCCGUGGCAGGCACUGGUCAAAGAGGCCCGAUUUUUCGGUAUGUGGCGCUACAACAAGUGCGGUGCCGUACUGGUCAGCCACAACUGGGUGGUUACGGCUGCCCAUUGUAAUAGCGGACUGUUCGGGUCGUUGCAAGUAAUAUUCGGCGAAUAUAAUCUGAAAACCCGUGAAUUGAUGUCCAAAAUGGACGGUUCGUUGGCGUCGUCGGGAGUUGAAAGUAGUAUUAGUAGUGACGGUAGCGGUGGUAGUGAACCGUUACCAGUGGUCGUACGUAAAGCCAAACGUGUGGUCAUACAUCCCGGCUAUAAUCACAUGACACUUGAAAACGAUUUGGCGCUAAUCGAGUUGGACGAGGAUGUCGAGUAUGAGCCGCAUAUUCAACCGAUUUGUUUACCCGAUAGCAAAUCGGACGACGAUUUUAUCGGAUCGGAUGCCUAUGUUAGCGGUUGGGGUAUACUAUCGUAUCAACAGCGGACACUACCCGAAGUGCUUCAGAUAGUUCGGGUACCGAUCGUAUCCAAUAGAGAGUGCGAACAAAUGUAUCGGCGAGCCGGCCAUCGGCUGGUGGCCCGCAAAACGAUUGUAUGCGCCGGCUAUUCGAUUGGCGGUAAAGAUUCGUGCGAAGGCGAUUCGGGGGGACCGUUGGCCGUACGUAAUCGUGAUGAUGGCCGCUGGACAUUGGCCGGUAUUGUUUCAAAUGGUAUCAAAUGUGCCGAACCUAAUCUGCCGGGUAUUUAUACACGUGUUUCCGAAUAUGUCGAUUGGAUUAUAGAUACUGUAACUAAAUAA